AUGCCGGCUCCAAGCACUCCGCAGAUCCCGGAGGAGCCCUUCACAGACUUUGAGCCUGACAUGCCAGGCACGCCGGCCACGGCCCGGCAGCGCCUGCGGGAUGCCGCCCACCUCUUCGAAGGCCACCUGGCAGGCGUGGUCAAGGCCUUCCAGCUGCUGCAGCAGCAAAGCAAUGAGCUGAUGGUGCUGGAGGAAAGAAAGGACGGCCAGGUGGGCUCAGUGGUAUCGCUGGACGACUUGAUGUGCAAUGUGAACGUGUUGGAUUCUCAGUGCGGAGCGUCCGAGUCCGACUGGAAGUGGUUGUCUGGCAAUCCGCCGAUGAAAGGCUUGGCCUUUUGCAUGGGAAACACGGUAUACGAAGCAGCUUGA